CGAUCUUUCAUUCGAACCCAACGGAUCAAACGACGACGAUGACAACGAACCGAUCGACCAGACUUCUGGUCUUACUUGUGCUUACAGCCCUAGUGGCAAACCACCAGGCAAGAGGAGCCGCCGCCGUCCUCAAGUGCGGUGGCAAGUCGGCUGUCUGCGUGGGACCUCUCACCUACCAGAUCUGCGUGGACGAUCUGACCACGGGCGCCGUCAUUGCCUGCCAGACGAGCACCCGUUGCGUCACCGACGGCAUCGAGAUCUGCGAGCCCAUCAAGUCGGACGCAGAGGCACCCACGGCGGCUGUUGCGAAGAUGGUGACGAUCACCGACAGUCCGGCCGCCGUGAGUGAAUCUGCCCCGCUUGUCGUUGCCUCCAACGCCACCACCGAAGUGAUCACCACUGAGGGUCCAGGAUCAUCUGAUCCAGCUGAGACGACCACAGCCCCAGUUGAGACGACCACAGCCCCAGUUGAGACGACCACAGCCCCAGCUGAGACGACCACGGCUCCAGCUGAGACAACCACAGCUCCUGCUGAGACAACCAUCAUCACGGAAACAACCACAGAAACGGCAUGGUCCGAGCUGCCCCUAGACCCGGAGUCCACCAUAUCAGUCAUUCCCGAGGACACUACCACCGAUGCUUCCUGGGAUCCCAACGCGCCUGUUGAGACAACUCUGUCUCCAGGCUCUGAUGGAAGCAACACAACAAUCGAUCCUAACGCACCAUUGGACCCCAAUGCGCCCGAAGGAUCUACUGUUGAUCCUAACGCACCCAUCGAUCCCAAUGCUCCUCUGGACCCCAACGCACCAGAAGGGUCAACCGCUGCUCCUGGAGAGGUAAACCCCAACGAUCCCGCUGGUUCGACUCCUGCUCCAGGAGUACCUGCUGAUCCCAACGCACCGCUGGAUCCCAAUGCUCCUCUGGACCCCAACGCACCAGAAGGAACAACCGCUGCUCCUGGAGAAGUAAACCCAAGCGAUCCCGCUGGUUCGACUCCUGCUCCUGAAGCCCCUGCUGAUCCCAACGCACCGCUGGACCCCAAUGCUCCUCUGGACCCCAACGCACCAGAAGGAACAACCGCUGCUCCUGGAGAGGUAAACCCCAACGAUCCCGCUGCUUCGACAGCCGCUCCUGGAGCCCCUUCUGAUCCUAGCGCACCGCUGGAUCCCAAUGCUCCUCUGGACCCCAACGCACCAGAAGGAACAACCGCUGCUCCUGGAGAAGUAAACCCCAAUGAUCCCGCUGGUUCGACUCCUGCUCCUGAAGCCCCUGCUGAUCCCAACGCACCGCUGGAUCCCAAUGCUCCUCUGGACCCCAACGCACCAGAAGGAACAACCGCUGCUCCUGGAGAAGUAAACCCCAAUGAUCCCGCUGGUUCGACUCCUGCUCCUGGAGCUCCUGCUGAUCCCAACGCUCCACUGGAUCCCAAUGCUCCUCUGGACCCCAACUCACCAGAAGGAUCAACCGCUGCUCCUGGCGAGGUAAACCCCAACGAUCCCGCUGCUUCGACUGCCGCCCCUGCUGAUCCUAAUGCUCCCGCUGGAUCGACAGCCGCUCCUGGAGCUCCUGCCGAUCCCAACGCACCCUUGGAUCCCAAUGCUCCUCUAGAUCCCAAUGCUCCCGCCGGUUCGACAGCCGCUCCUGGAACUCCAGCGGAUCCCAACGCUCCCGCUGGUUCGACAGCCGCUCCUGGAGCUCCUGCCGAUCCCAACGCUCCACUGGACCCUAAUGCUCCUCUGGACCCCAAUGCUCCUGUGGACCCUAACGCUCCCGCUGGUUCGACUGCCGCUCCUGGAACUCCUGCCGAUCCCAACGCACCACUGGAUCCUAAUGCUCCUCUGGAUCCCAACGCUCCCGCCGGUUCGACAGCCGCUCCUGGAACUCCAGCUGAUCCCAACGCUCCCGCUGGUUCGACUGCCGCUCCUGGAACUCCUGCCGAUCCCAACGCUCCACUGGACCCAAAUGCUCCUUUGGAUCCCAAUGGUCCUCUGGAUCCCAACGCUCCCGCUGGAUCGACAGCCGCUCCUGGAGCUCCUGCCGAUCCCAACGCACCACUGGAUCCUAAUGCUCCUCUGGACCCCAAUGCUCCUCUGGAUCCCAACGCUCCCGCUGGUUCGACAGCCGCUCCUGGAGCUCCUGCCGAUCCGAACGCACCCCUGGAUCCCAAUGCUCCUCUAGAUCCCAACGCACCCGCCGGAUCGACAGCCGCUCCUGGAACUCCAGCGGAUCCCAACGCUCCCGCUGGUUCGACAGCCGCUCCCGGAGCUCCUGCCGAUCCCAACGCUCCACUGGACCCUAAUGCUCCUCUGGACCCCAAUGCUCCUCUAGAUCCCAACGCUCCCGCCGGUUCGACAGCCGCUCCUGGAGCUCCUGCCGAUCCCAACGCACCCCUGGAUCCCAAUGCUCCUCUGGACCCCAAUGCUCCUCUGGAUCCCAACGCUCCCGCUGGAUCGACAGCCGCUCCUGGAGCUCCUGCCGAUCCCAACGCACCCCUGGAUCCCAAUGCUCCUCUAGAUCCCAACGCUCCCGCCGUUUCGACAGCCGCUCCUGGAACUCCAGCUGAUCCCAACGCUCCCGCUGGUUCAACUGCCGCUCCUGGUACCCCUGCCGAUCCCAACGCUCCCGCUGGUUCGACAGCUGCUCCUGGUACUCCUGCUGAUCCCAACGCUCCCGCUGGAUCGACUGCUGCUCCUGGUGCUCCAGCUGAUCCCAACGCUCCCGCCGGUUCGACUGCAGCGCCUGGCACUCCUGCCGAUCCCAACGCUCCCGCUGGUUCAACUGCCGCUCCUGGCACUCCUGCCGAUCCCAACGCUCCCGCUGGUUCAACUGCAGCUCCUGGUACCCCUGCUGAUCCCAACGCUCCCGCUGGUUCGACAGCCGCUCCUGGAGCUCCUGCCGAUCCCAAUGCACCCCUGGAUCCCAAUGCUCCUCUAGAUCCCAACGCUCCCGCCGGUUCGACAGCCGCUCCUGGAACUCCAGCGGAUCCCAACGCUCCUGCUGGUUCGACAGCCGCUCCUGGAGCUCCUGCCGAUCCCAAUGCACCCCUGGAUCCCAAUGCUCCUCUAGAUCCCAACGCUCCCGCCGGUUCGACAGCCGCUCCUGGAACUCCAGCUGAUCCCAACGCUCCCGCUGGUUCAACUGCCGCUCCUGGUACCCCUGCCGAUCCCAACGCUCCCGCUGGUUCGACUGCUGCCCCUGGUAUUCCUGCCGAUCCCAACGCUCCAGGUAGCUCAUGGCGUCCGCACCCACACCAUCCUAUUCUGCCAGGCCAGACUCGACCAACUUUCCGCCCAGUUCCGCAGCUGCCGUUCUGGCCAGUGGGACCCCAUCGUCCAGGACAUACCGAUAAGGAUGAAGGACCCAACAAUGGCAAUUCCAAGCCCACCUCACCCAAUCGGCCACUUCCAUUCUGGCCGAACUGGCAGAACUGGGUAAACAGCUGGCGCACAACUCGUAAGCCAGUCACCGUUACUCAAGCCCCCGCUACCAGUCCGGAACCAGCGAGUCCCCAGCGACCAGAGAAGCCCAGCAACAAUAGCCCCGAAGCUGUCGAGAGUGUAGAGCAGGCUGCCCCUGCACCCCCAUCAGGUGGAGCUGCAUCCAGCGAGAACGCCUCUGUCGAAGAGAGCAACAAGGGAUCUGGCGAGAAACUAAAGGACAAGCCCAAAUCAGGCGAAGACCAGUCCAAGGAGCAGGAGCAGAAGAAGCCCAGCUCUGCUGAGAAGGACAGUUCCCGCGAAGAGAAGAAAGAACAGGAGAAGGAAAAGUCGAAAGAUUCCAAGGAGGAAAAGGAGGAAAAGGACAGCGAGUCGAAGAAGUCCAAGGACGAUGAGAAGAAUGACGAGGACAAGCUGAGCUCAAAGGAAAAGAAGAAGUACGUGAAGAACAUCAUUAAGAAACUGAAGAACGAAGAGGACUGCAACGAGGAGGACGUCUUCCCUGAUGUCCGUGACUGCAAGAAAUACUACCGCUGUGAGGUGAAGAGUUCCUCUGAGAAGCACAAGUUCGUGCACCUGCGCUGCGACAAAAAGAAGCGAUUCGACUGGCUGGACCAGAGCUGUGUGCCCAAGGACGAGGCUCGCUGCCUGGAGAAGUAAGGGAAUGUGAUCGACAUCUCCCUGGACGGGGAAUCAAAUCUGUAUUAUCCACAUAAUAAUCUCAGCAUCAAUUGUAUUGGCAAUGAUAUUCUAUCUAUAAAUAGUCCUCUUUUCUAAUUUAUUGUACUAUAUAAAAAAUAAAUUUUCUUUCCAUCAAUAAAUCUUGAAGUCCG